AGGUGGACGUGGUGACGUAAGCGGAAGUAUAGCAUCCACGGCUGUAGCUUGCGACGGCUAACUCUGCCGAUUUAAGCUGAAAAACGACCUGAGCAGGGGGCGCUGGCUGGAUUGCAGGAUGGGGCCGGAGCGUGUGUUCCCAAGCUCUGAUGACGAGGUUCGUGACGAGGAGCGGCUUCCCACAGCUACGGCGUGGAGCGAGGAGGAGGAGGAGCCUAAUGCGGCAGGGGGUGGGGCCUACCACUAUCAGCCCCUGAACCAGGAACCAAUCACUAACGACCCAAUCAACGACGAAGAAGAUGAGCAGGAAACGGAGCCAGAGCCGACGCUGCAGCAGAGGAUGGAGGUGAUGGGUCUACACCUGCCUGAAGCCCCACCUCCUGAGGCAGAGGAGGAGGACCGCGACCGGGCUGAGGCUCAGAGAAGCAGUGCCUCUAUUCCUAUGGAUGCAGACCAUGUGGAGUUGGUGAAGAGGACCAUGGCGUCUCUGUCCUUCUCAUCCCUUGGAGUCCCGCCUUGGGCCCAGCACAUCUCUGAUGACCAGUGGAAAGACCUGGUCCAGACCACCCUGCAGAGGCACAAGAAGAACUGAACAAUGUCUGGACCAGGACUCUGGACCAGGACUCUGGACCAGGACUCUGGACCAGGACUCUGGACCAGGACUCUGGACCAGGACUCUGGACCAGGACUCUGGACCAGGACUCUGGACCAGGACUCUGGACCAGGACUUAAAUAAAGUUUGUGGUUGUAAAAAAACAGCUCCCUGUAGAAACUCCUGCAGCAGAAACAUGAGAGCUUAUGUAAAAACUUAUUGAAACACGAGAAAUUAGACUCAAAUAUUAAUGAGUUUGAAAUGUAAAAGUCUUUAAACCUGUGGAGUGUUGGUCCAGUCCUGGUCAGACUCCAGUCCUGGUCCUGGGAACCUUUGGACCAAAGUUAGUCCCAUGAUGGAUCCUGCUGCAGAGAGCGGACGAGAGAGGGAGAGGACGGGCGAGAGAGGCUGAGAGAGGGCUGGUGAUUGGUAGGUUGUGCGCUUGUACAUAUGACUGUGUGAUUUAUGUAAAUAUGAAUAAAACAUUUAAACAAUAAAACAU